AAUCAAAAUCCAGGAAAACAAGAAAAUGAAGAAGCGUCAACUUCUCAGAUUUUGACCAGGAGAAUCCACCCAAACAACCAGGAGCAGUCGGUGGGUGUGCUACGAAGCUCCCUGAAUUCUAACGCAACCCCAACUCCUUUCCCGGCGAUUUAAUCAUCACCGACCAGCUUGCAAAAAAAAAAAAAGACGGCUCCUUUUUUCUUCGUCUCCUCGUUUUCUCCAGCUCGAAGCCACGAAUUUUGGGGUGCUUGUCUCACUUAAACAUAAGUAAGAGAAACCAUUUGGCUUGUAAAUUAGGCAUAGUAGUAAGUGGCUUGAGAAGCACUCUCUUCAUAGCCUUCUCCUGACAUGACGCUGUAAGAUCAUCAUUAGCUGCACAUGUUAAAAGUUGGUUUUUGUUAAUAUGCACAAGCUGUUGCUUCUCUUAAACAAUUUGUGACUGAUGGGCGAUUGGGUUAUUGGAGCAUUGAUCAACAUAAUUGGCAGCAUUGCCAUAAAUUUUGGGACAAAUCUUCUAAAAUUGGGUCAUGAUCAGCGAGAGAAGCUUUCUACUCUUAGCAAUGAUGGACUAGAAAGCAAGUUUUAUUCAAAAUCUAUCAUACAUUUUCAUACUUGGAGAGUUGGUAUUUUCUUUUUUGCUCUGGGGAAUUGCCUUAACUUCCUUUCAUUUGGAUAUGCUGCACAGUCCUUGCUUGCAGCACUGGGGUCGGUUCAAUUUAUAUCUAAUAUUGCAUUUGCUUACUUUGUAUUGAGCAAGACGGUUACAAUCAAGGUUGUCAUAGCCACAACUUUUAUUGUUUUGGGCAAUAUUUUCUUAGUGUCUUUUGGAAAUCAUCAGUCACCUGUUUAUACGCCAAAGCAGUUGUGGGAGAAGUAUAGCAAUCUUGUAUUCCUUCUUUACUGCCUGAUUUUGAUGCUGAUUGUUGUGAGCAAUCAUUAUAUUUAUAGGAAAGGAGCAAUUUACCUAUCAGCUUCUGGGCAUGAUUUAAGCCCGUAUUGGCGUAUGUCACUGCCAUUUACCUAUGCCGUAGUAUCCGGUGCUGUGGGUUCCUGUUCUGUAUUGUUUGCCAAAUCACUGUCAAACAUGCUGAGGCUUACAAUGAGCAGCAAUUAUCAGUUUCAUAGCUGGUUUACGUACUCCAUGCUGCUUCUGUUCUUUAGCACAGCAGGGUUUUGGAUGGCCAGAUUGAAUGAAGGACUCUCUAUGUUUGAUGCAAUUCUUAUAGUACCCAUGUUUCAGAUAGCGUGGACUUUUUUCUCUAUAUGUACAGGAUUCAUAUAUUUCCAGGAAUAUCAGGUAUUUGAUGCAUUGAGAACAAUGAUGUUUAUACUGGGAAUGGCAUUUGUCUUUGUAGGCAUUUCCUUGUUAGCACCUGAUGACUCAAAAGGAGGUGAAACAAAAGGUUCACCUCUGCAUUCUACAACUCAAAGCCUUCCGACUGAUGCAAACAGGCUUUCUACUCUGCCGACGGAAGAAAGUGGAUUGAAUGAUGUGAAAUCAUUUAUGAAGACAAUGGUGACAAAAACUAAACCUAUGAUACUGAAAGCCAAGGCGGCUUGCUCUCUUUCUGUGGGAUUAGGAGACGAGGCGCUCGGUGCGUCUUCGGUGUUUGUAAUGCCUAUGGUAUCUUCAAGGACCACGGGCUUUAGAGAGAAUGUUUUUGAUCAUGCAAAGUUUAUUCCUCUAAGAAAUCCAGAUUGGAUCGAUCCCUCAUUUGAUAGAGAUGAUGGUGAUACAGAGCUGAGAGAAACAAGAUAUUUGCUCUCGUGACGCUGUUGCUACUGGGAGCAGUAAAUAUCGUUGUUGCUGAUAUUAUAGAUCUUCUUUUCCUUCGUUAUUUCCUUCUCGUCUUACGAUUGUAUAGAAAUGUAUCUUUUUUCAUAAUUCUAAUAUUGAUUUAAUUUACAAUUCCUUGGAUAAUGUUUGCCUGGAUUUUUCUUCUUCA